AUGUUCACCUUCACGCCUCUCCUUGGCGCGCAAUCAUCGUGUGCAGCAUCUCAGUCCAUUCUCGAACUCGAUGGAGGCAUUAAGAUACUUAUUGACGUUGGUUGGGAUGAUGGAUUCGAUGUGGAGCAGCUUAAGGCUCUCGAGAGGCAUAUUCCAACCUUGUCAAUAAUAUUGCUCACUCAUGCUACCAAAGCUCAUCUCGGAGCCUUCGCCCACUUCUGCAAAAACGUUCCUUUGUUCGCGAAAAUCCCGGUUUAUGCCACAACCCCAGUCGUCUCCCUUGGAAAGACGCUGCUCCAAGAUACCUACGGAACGGCACCACUCGCAUCUUCAAUAAUCCCGAAGGCAACCUUGGACGAAAGCGUAUACACACUGCCUGUUUUCAAGGCGAAUGAACAGCCAAACUUGCUUCUUCAACCGCCGACAGCCGACGAGAUCGCUGGAUAUUUCUCACAUAUUCACCCCUUAAACUACUCACAACCCCACCAACCGAUACCCUCACCAUUCUCCCCGCCGCUAAAUGGGCUCACGAUCACCGCUUACAGUGCCGGUUAUACACUUGGGGGAACUAUUUGGCACAUUCAGCAUGGGCUAGAGUCGAUUGUCUAUGCUGUGGACUGGAAUCAGGCACGAGAGCACGUCGUAUCUGGCGCUGCAUGGCUGGGAGGUCAGGGUACUGGAGGGGCCGAGGUGAUCGAGCACCUUCGUCGUCCUACGGCCCUCAUAUGCAGUAGCAGGGGUGCGGAGAGAGUUGCUAUCACCGGAGGGCGCAAGAAACGAGAUGACGCCCUCCUUGACCUGGUCCGACGUACACUUGAUCAGGACGGGACCGUUCUCAUCCCAUGCGAGUCAAGUGCUCGCAUCUUAGAGCUUGCCGUUGUCCUGGAGAAAGCGUGGAAAGCAGACCCUGACAGCCCCGAUGGCAGAUCAUUAAGAAAGUCAGGCCUUUAUUUGGCGAGCUCAACAUGCAGUGCAGCUGUCAGGCAUGCAAAGAGCAUGCUCGAGUGGAUGGAUGAGGACAUGAUUCGAGAAUUCGAGAUGGCGAAUGCUGCUCAUGACGUGAGCAAUGGAAAGGAUCAAGUCGAAGACCCAAUAACCGGCAAAAAGUCGCGAAAGAGCUAUACGCAGCCAUUCGACUUUACACAUCUGAGGCUCGUGGAGCAUAAAUCCCGUUUGAUCAAGGCGCUCUCUAAGGAGGGAGGUAAAGUUAUCCUUGCAAGCGACUCUUCGCUCGAAUGGGGCUUUUCGAAAGAGGUCGUUUCCCAAAUUGCUCAAAAUAGUACGAGCUUAGUUCUUCUGGUCGAGCGUGCUGCAGAAUGCUCCUCAACAGAGAGAGGCCUUGGAAGACUGCUCUGGGAUCUAUACCUAGAGCGCUCGAAGUUCAAUUCCAAAGCAGAGACUGGCAUAGACACUGCGGAGGUGGUUCACCUUAGCGGCGAACAAUUUCAAACCAAACGAGUCAAGGUCGAAUCCCUCGGACCUAACGACAUGAUGCUCUACCAGCAGUAUCUCGCACGGCAGAAACAGCUUCAGAACACGGUACAAACUGACGCCGGUGCACCGAUGGAGAGUGCUGCUGAUGCUGUCGACGACCGCUCUUCGACCACAACGGAAUCCUCAGAGGACUCAGACGUUGAACAUCAAGGCAAAGCUCUCAAUGCAGCUGCCACACUCUCGCAUGCCCGGCAUCGACUAGGGCUAAGUGAUGCUGAACUGGGCAUCAACGUACUGUUGCGCAAGAAAGGUGUCUAUGACUAUGAUGUCCGCGGAAAAAGAGGCCGUGAAAAGAUAUUCCCCUUCGUGGCAAAACGACGACGCAACGACGAUUUUGGCGAUCUGAUUCGACCCGAGGACUACCUUCGUGCUGAAGAGAGAGACCAGCUUGAAGAAGAAAACGCGACUGCAAAGGAUCAAAAGCAGCAAACAACAGUCGGCCAGAAGCGGAAAUGGGGCGACUCGAAAAUCAGCGCGAACGGCAUGACUCGUGCUGGGCAGGAUGAUGCACGUUCCAAGAGGAGGAAAACGAACGGGAUUUCCGAACACGCAAAAGGGUCGACGGAGGAUCGCGACUUCGACGAGUCUGAGAGUGACUACUCACCCGACGAAGAUGAACCUGCCGUUCCAGAAGGGCCACGGAAAGCGGUCAUUAGCCAGGAGGAGAUUCGCUUUCAUGCAAGUGUCGCGUUCGUGGACUUCGCCGGCCGUCAUGAUAAGCGCAGCUUGCACAUGCUCAUACCGCUGAUUCGCCCACGCAAACUCAUUCUCGUUGGUGGUGAGGAGCAGGAGACUCAGACACUUGCUAAGGACUGUCGGAAACUGCUUGGCUCGGAAAAUGGCGACAGCACCGAAAGUCAAACGAUCGUUUUCACCCCUGUCAUUGGUGACACCGUGGAUGCAAGCGUCGAUACCAACGCGUGGAUAGUGAAGCUCAGCCAGCCCUUAGUCAAGCGCCUUCAAUGGCAGAACGUUAGAGGGUUGGGGGUGGUUGCCGUUACUGGUCGUUUGGAGGCCGGUCAGGUGGUCUUGGAUCCCGCAGACCUGAGUCAAUCAGUGAAGGAAGACGAAACUGCUGACUCCGACGACAAAGCUGCAGUCAGUGCCACGCCCAUACUGGGUGUGCUCCCUUCAAACCUUGCUUCCGCCACUCGUGCAGUGGCUGCUCCUCUACAUGUGGGCGAUUUGCGCCUGGCAGAUUUGAGAAAGCUUAUGCAAAGUUCCGGAUACCUUGCGGAAUUCCGUGGAGAGGGUACUCUGCUUAUCAACGGCUCCAUCGCUGUUAGAAAAAGCGGUACCGGCAGGGUUGAGAUUGAAAGCAAUAUCACCGCGCCCAACGUCCGACAACGGAACAUGGCAACAUUCUAUGAUAUUCGGAGGAAGAUUUAUGAGGGACUUGCCGUUGUUGCUGGGGGAUAA